CAGGCUGUGUUGACGCCGCCAACCCCAUUCCUCUGCCUGGGAUCCACCCGAAGCCCGAGCCUCAGCUCCCAGGCCCCGCCCGUCCUGGCGGGUGAGCAGACAAGCCUCUCGGACUGGUACGUGGGGGAGUUUCUUGCCUUUUGGAAGGUCUGAGGUCUUCUGCCAGCAUUCAGUGGGUGUUCUACAGGAGCAGUUCCACGUGUAGAUGUUCAGUCUUAGAGCACCAAAUGGUGAGCAAUGCAAGGAGCAGACGUGUAACCAACUUACAUCAUCUUCAGCAUGAAGAUAGCUACAGUGCCAAUGCUUCUGACCCUGGCUCUUUGCCUCAUACAAGAUGCUGCCAGUGAAGGUGAAAAUCAGGAAACAUGCAGUGAAUACAGGGCACUGAUGAAAAAUGGAAAACUGUUCUGUUCCCAAGAUAAAAACCUUUUUCAAAGCCCUGAUGGAAUAGUGUUCAUCAACAAAUGUGCCACAUGCAAAAUGAUAUUAGAAAAAGAAGCAAAAUCCCAGAGAAGGGCCAGGCAUUUAGCAAGAGCCACCAGGACUACUGCCCCAGCAAAGUUGAAUUGCAAUGAUUUCAAGAAAGGAGAAAGGGAUGAGGAUUUUAUCUGUACCCUUGAUAUUGCAGCUGUUUGUGGCACAGAUGGGAAAACAUACAGUAAUAGAUGUGUACUGUGUGCUGAGAACGCUAAAACCAGAUCUCAAGUUGGCAUAAGAAGCGAAGGAGAAUGUAAGAACAGUAAUCCAGAGCAGGAUAUAUGUAGUGAUUUUCGGCCUUAUGUGAAGGAUGGAAGACUUGGAUGCACAGGGAAAAAUGAACCAGUUCUUGGUCCUGAUGGAAGGACACAUGGCAAUAAGUGUGUGAUGUGUGCUGAGAUACUCUUAAAAGAAGCUGAAGAAAAUGCCAAGCGAGAGCGUGAAACCAGAAUUCGACAAAGUGCUGAAAAGAAUUUCUGCAAGGAAUAUGAAAACCAAGUGAGGAAUGGAAGACUUUUUUGUACACGGGAGAGUGAGCCAGUCCGUGGCCCUGAUGGCAGGAUGCAUGGCAACAAAUGUGCCCUGUGUGCUGAAAUUUUCAAACAGCGUUUUUCAGAAGAAAAAAAUAAAGCAGAUGAACACCCGAGAAAGGCUAAAGAAAAAGUUAAAAGAGAAACUGAGAAACUCUGCAGUGAAUAUCAGGAUCAUGCAAAGAAUGGAAUACAUUUCUGUACCAAAGAAAAUGACCCUAUUCGUGGCCCAGAUGGGAAAAUGAAUGGCAACUUGUGUUCCAUGUGUCAAGACUUCUACCAAGCAAAAGCUGAAGAGAAGAAAAAGGCUGAAGCAAAAGCACGAAGUAAAAGAGAACCUGGAAAAGCAUGCUCAUAUGCACUGUGCAGUGAAUACCGCAAGUUUGUGAGAAAUGGAAAACUCUUUUGCACCAGAGAGAAUGACCCCAUCCAGGGCCCAGAUGGCAAAAUACAUGGCAACACCUGCUUCAUGUGUGAGGCUUUCUUCCAAGCAGAAGAAAAAGAAAAGAAAAAGAAGGAAGGUGAAUCAAAAAAUAAAAGGCAAUCUGAGAAUAAAUCUUCCUUUGAGGAGUUGUGCAGGGAAUACCGCAAAUCCAGGAAGAAUGGACAGCUUUUUUGCACUAGAGAGAACGACCCCAUCCAGGGCCCAGAUGGGAAGAUGCAUGGCAACGUCUGCUUCAUGUGUGAGGCUCUCUUUCAACAAGAAGAAAGAGCAAGAGCAAAGGCUAAAAGAGAAACUGCAGAGGAGCUGUGCAGUGAAUACCGUAACUAUGUGAGGAACGGACGUCUUCCCUGCACCAGAGAGAAUGACCCCAUCGAGGGCCCAGAUGGGAAAAUCCAUGGCAACACCUGCUCCAUGUGUGACGCCUUCUUCCAGCAAGAAGCAAAAGAAAAAGAAGCUGAAUCCAGAAGAGCUAAGAGAGAAGACGAAAAGGAUACAUGCAGUGAAUUUCGGAAGCUUCUGAAAAAUGGAAUUCUUUUCUGCACUCGAGAAAAUGAUCCUGUGCGUGGCCCAGAUGGCAAGACCCAUGGCAACAAGUGUGCCAUGUGCAAAGCAAUCCUCCAGAAAGAAGAUGAAGAAAGAAAGAGAAAAGAAAAGGAAGCUCAGAGAAAGCCUGCAGGGCAUGGUUCCAAACGUGGCGGAAGAGGGAACGCUCAGGACCAAUGUGCUGAGUAUCGGAAACAAAUGAAAAAUGGAACACUCAGCUGUACUCAGGAGAGUGAUCCUGUACGCAAUGCAAAUGGCAAAUCAUACAACAAUAAGUGUGCCAUGUGUAAAGAGAAACUGCAAAGAGAAGCAGAGGAAAAAAAUAAGAAUUCUGGCUACAGAUCAAAUGGGAAUGAAUCAGCAUUAGGAAAGGAUGUAUGUGAUGAGUUUAGAAGUCAAAUGAAAAAUGGACAACUUACUUGCACCCGAGAAAGUGACCCUGUCCAGGGUCCAGAUGGCAAGGCACAUGGCAACAAGUGUGCUAUGUGUAAGGAAAAACUGGGAAGGGAAGCAGCCAAAAGAAAAAUGAAAGAGCAGGACUACUUGAGAAACACAGCUGAAAAGAACAAUGGAAAAGAGAACUCUGAGAUGUGCAAACACUACCGAGUAUUACCCAGGGUGGGUUACCUUUGUCCAAAGGAUUUACAGCCUGUCUGUGGUGAUGAUGGCCAGACAUACAACAAUCUUUGCAGGCUCUGUCAUGAAAAUCUAAUACGCCAAACUAAUACACGCAUGCGCAGUGAAGGAAGGUGUGAAGAGAAGAGCAAGCCAGAAACAACACCUCUCAGCAUGCUAGCAUCUAAGAUUCUCUAAGGGAGCCUGGAAUCCCAAGAAUGAAUAAAAGGCCUGGCAGUCACAACUUUCCUGGAAAAAUAGACUGAAAAUCCUACUUUUACUUCCUAUUCUAAGAGGUCAAAUGAUGAAAGAGUUGGUGAAAGCAUUGAGGGAAAAGGUGUAUUCCAAUGCUGAAUUGCCUACCUUCACCAUCUGUAUAUACAAAGAAUUCUUCAGAGCUCGUCUUAUUUACUAUAGAAAACAAUACAGAACUGUUGGGGAAAUGGACUCACUAACUUUCAGUCUUUUCCAUCUCUUUCCUCCUAGAUUCUGUGAUCUGAGGGCACAGAGACAUCUUCACCCAGUCUGUGCUGUGGAAACCUCCUGAUCACAAUGCUGUCUGUCCAACUGCUUGUUCAAUAAAAGUAAACCCCGCAGAACGCCAUUUCUGGGAUUUGUCACUGCCUGGAUAAUAGGAACUUGUUUUUGCAGAAGCUGAAUGAACUCUACCUUUUUGUUUU